AUAAAAGUGACUUGAACGCCGACUGAAUUUAGUCUUUAUGUCAUUACAGACGGACAGAAGUCAGUUUGGUGUCGGUUUCCUUUUCCACUGGAACAAAGCACACGGAGAGCUGCAGUACUCUGGAGUACUGCAACAGAGGGGGCGGAGGGUUGAUGUGUAUAAAAAGACGGGACACAGAGACGUCUUCACAGCAGUGUCUCCUGAUAGGUGAAAAACAAACUCAGGCUCUUUCUCCAUUCUGAAAGGAUUAAAAUAAUUCAUCUCAGCAAUGAAGCUCGCCGCAGUCGUCUCGUUCGUCCGCCCGGCCGUCGCCAUGCUGGUCCUCCUGCAGCUGCUUCUGAUUGGCUGGACCGAGCGCACAAUAGCGAACCCAAUCCACCAGGUGCUCAGCCAACCGCUGCGAAACCCGGAGACGUACCAGGCUGUGCGGGAAGUGUCACAACACGCUCAGCGUUUGCAGACGCUGGAGGACACCAGCGUCAGACUGAUUCCCAGCGUCACUAACCAGGACCACCUGAAGAUCUGCUGCCUCCACGCCAACAUCCUCGACUUCUACCUGAACAGCAUCCUGCCUCACCAUGACAACAGUCACCAUCGGAUUCACAGGCUGAAGAUCGACCUGAGCCGCGUCAGCGAGGACCUGCAGACUCGAGGCUGCAAUGUGACUCACUACCACGACCAUCAGCACGCCGUGGAGUUUCGCAGCAAGCUCGCCAAGAUGGAGCACAUGCAAGGCAUGACCAAAGCCAUGGGAGAGAUCGACAUCCUGUUCACGUACCUGCAGGACUAUUGCAUCCAGACAAGGAACUCCUCCGACGGGGACGUCUACUGAACACUGAGCCAGCAGCCGCCUUUUCUAUUUAAUGUAUUUAUCAACUUUUACACCAACGACUUUUAUACCUUUAUUUAUUUAUCUAUUUAAUUUGAGAGCAUAUUUAACAUUUUUUCUAGAAACCUAAAAUAUUUUUAUUGACUGGAGUGUGCCCAAUUAGUCUUUGAUCUAUUUAUUGAUCAGAAUGCUUUUGUACCAAGCACUCUGGUGUUGAUCAUGUUGCCACAUUAUGGCUGAUUAUUAUGAAAAGUUUUUACUGUAUUUAAGUUGUGAAUGUUAAACUCAGACACGGCGUGUAAAAAUGUUGAGUACAAAUAAAGUUUGGUUUGAA